AUGGUCCGCCGGACUGCUCUUCUGGCCCUUGCGGCCCUCUCAUCCCUCUCUGCCGCCCAAAUCUCAGAUGAUUUCGAGGAAGGCUGGGACCAGAGUGUAUGGCCCAUCACGGCACCGGACUGCAACCAGGGCGGAACCGUCAGCCUCGACACCACAGUAGCCCACAGCGGCAGCAAUUCGAUGAAGGUCGUUGGUGGCCCCAAUGGCUAUUGCGGACACAUCUUCUUUGGCACUACUCAGGUGCCGACUGGAGAUGUAUAUGUCAGAGCUUGGAUUCAGCUUCAAACUGCUCUCGGCAGCAACCACGUCACAUUCAUCAUCAUGCCGGACAACGCCCAAGACGGGAAACACCUUCGAAUCGGCGGUCAAAGCCAAGUCCUCGACUACAACCGCGAAUCCGACGAUGCUACCCUUCCGGACCUGUCUCCAAACGGCAUUGCCUCUACGGUGACUCUGCCUACUGGCUCGUUCCAGUGCUUCGAGUACCACUUGGGCACUGACGGAACGAUCGAGACGUGGCUGAACGGCGACCUCAUCCCGGGCAUGACCGUAGGGCCGGGCGUCGACAACCCGAAUGACGCCGGCUGGACGAGGGCAAGCUACAUCCCGGACAUCACCGGUGUCAACUUUGGCUGGGAGGCCUACAGCGGAGACGUCAACACCGUUUGGUUCGACGACAUUUCGAUUCAAUCGACCCGCGUGGGAUGCGGCGCCAGCACACCCGGCGGCCCCGGAAGCACGACCACUGCGCGUAGCAGCACCUCGGGGCCAACGACCACUUCGAAGCCAAGCACUACCAUUCCGCCACCGACUUCAAGGACAACGACGGCCACGGGUCCUACUCAGUCGCACUAUGGCCAGUGCGGAGGAAUCGGGUACAGCGGCCCUACGGUCUGCGCGAGCGGCACGACUUGCCAGGUCCUUAACCCGUACUACUCUCAGUGCUUAUAA